AACCUUCAAGUGUUUUCUUAUUCCUCGAUCUCUGAUCUCUAUUUCGAGGUUUUGGCGAUUUCUUAUUUGUUGUUGUUUGAUCGGAUCUCGGCAUUUUGUAGGAGGUGAAUUUUGAUUUUUUGGUCGAUAGGAUUUGAGUUUUUGAAUCUCUGAUUGCUGAGAAAAUGCCGGCGUUUUACGGAGGAAAGCUUACAACCUUCGAGGACGAUGAGAAGGAGAGCGAGUAUGGUUACGUUCGUAAGGUUUCAGGGCCUGUUGUUGUUGCCGAUGGUAUGGCCGGUGCUGCUAUGUAUGAGUUAGUGCGUGUUGGGCAUGAUAAUUUGAUUGGAGAGAUCAUCCGUCUUGAAGGAGAUUCUGCCACGAUCCAAGUUUACGAGGAAACAGCUGGGUUAACAGUUAAUGAUCCUGUUCUUCGAACGCACAAGCCACUUUCUGUGGAGCUUGGACCAGGAAUUUUGGGAAAUAUCUUCGAUGGAAUUCAGAGGCCUUUGAAGACUAUUGCGAGAAUAUCCGGUGAUGUGUACAUUCCUCGGGGUGUGUCUGUCCCAGCUCUUGACAAAGAUUGUCCGUGGGAGUUCCAGCCCAAUAAAUUUGUCGAGGGAGACACAAUAACUGGUGGUGACUUGUAUGCUACCGUCUUUGAGAACACUUUGAUGAAUCACCAUGUUGCCCUUCCUCCUGAUGCCAUGGGGAAGAUUACUUACAUUGCUCCAGCUGGUCAAUAUUCCCUUAAGGAUACAGUGAUAGAGCUCGAAUUCCAGGGGAUCAAGAAAUCUUACACCAUGCUUCAGAGCUGGCCUGUACGUACCCCUAGGCCAGUUGCAUCAAAGCUUGCUGCCGAUACUCCUCUACUUACUGGACAGCGUGUCCUUGAUGCCCUUUUCCCUUCCGUUCUUGGUGGAACCUGUGCCAUUCCUGGUGCUUUUGGCUGUGGGAAAACUGUUAUCAGUCAGGCACUUUCCAAGUACUCCAACUCCGAUGCUGUUGUGUAUGUUGGUUGUGGAGAGAGAGGAAAUGAAAUGGCGGAGGUUCUUAUGGACUUCCCACAAUUGACAAUGACGUUGCCUGAUGGUCGUGAGGAAUCUGUCAUGAAACGUACCACACUUGUUGCCAACACUUCUAACAUGCCUGUGGCUGCUCGUGAAGCCUCAAUUUACACAGGAAUCACAAUCGCUGAAUAUUUUAGAGAUAUGGGAUACAAUGUGAGUAUGAUGGCUGACUCAACUUCCCGUUGGGCAGAAGCAUUGAGAGAAAUUUCAGGACGACUGGCUGAAAUGCCUGCCGACAGUGGAUAUCCUGCCUAUCUAGCAGCACGUUUAGCAUCUUUCUAUGAACGUGCUGGUAAAGUAAAAUGUCUUGGUGGACCAGAACGUGAUGGAAGUGUUACAAUUGUUGGUGCAGUUUCACCUCCAGGAGGAGACUUUUCAGAUCCUGUGACUUCUGCAACCCUUAGUAUUGUGCAGGUCUUCUGGGGUUUGGACAAAAAGCUUGCCCAGAGAAAACAUUUCCCCUCUGUUAAUUGGUUGAUUUCCUACUCAAAGUAUUCAACGGCAUUGGAAUCUUUCUAUGAGAAGUUCGAUCCGGAUUUCAUCAACAUCAGGACAAAGGCCAGAGAGGUGUUGCAGAGGGAAGACGAUCUUAAUGAAAUUGUCCAGCUUGUAGGAAAAGAUGCUCUAGCAGAAGGUGACAAAAUCACCUUGGAAACAGCUAAGCUAUUGAGGGAAGACUAUCUUGCUCAGAACGCGUUUACACCAUAUGACAAGUUCUGCCCUUUCUACAAGUCUGUGUGGAUGAUGCGUAACAUUAUCCAUUUCUACAACCUAGCCAACCAGGCGGUUGAGAGAGCAGCUGGAAUGGACGGUCAAAAGAUUACUUACACUCUCAUCAAGCACCGCUUGGGAGAUCUUUUCUACCGUUUAGUGUCUCAGAAGUUCGAAGACCCAGCAGAAGGGGAGGAUACACUGGUGGCAAAAUUCAAGAAAUUAUACGACGAUCUCAGUGCUGGAUUCCGAGCCUUGGAGGAUGAAACUCGGUAAGCUGUGUCCGUCUCCACCGCAAGUCUAAAAAUCAUCCCAAUUGGGUUGUUUUUGGAGAAAGAGGUUUCAUUCAUGUUCUCUUUCUUGUGUUUUUGAACCAAACAACUAUCAUAGUGGUCGGUAUUUUAUUUAUCGGUUUGUUCGAUCGAUUGAGUUUAGCUCUGUGAGCGUCAUGAUUCUCCGGCUGUGCUGUUGUGCUGCGCUGUGUAAUAUGUUUGAUUCGUUGUUUUUUAUGUUUUUUUAUUUCAAUGGGAAUAAGGUACAGCCAAUGUGAGUCAUAUAUUUGAUGUGGUGUACCUCUCAAUUCAAUAAAUUAUUAUCAUUAAUGUCCAAACCUAUUGGGGUACAGUUUUUUUUUUAUA